UCUCAUUCUUAAUUGCCUUUCCUUUCGAUAAGCAGCUUGUUCUAUCUUCAUUUCGUUGAGAUAUACAUGAUGAGGUUGGCACGAGCAAUAGCCAUCUCAGCUGUCCUCUUUGCAGGAUCAGCAUACGCUGAUACUUGCUCUUCUGUCGAAGCCUUGGGAUACAUCAAUGUUACACGGCCCUUAAGUCUCGCCUAUUUGGAAGAACAGAGCCAAUACUGGUCUACAUCAUGCAGUGCACUUAAGCCGGAAUGCAUCAUUUUUCCCAAGACCACGGAAGAGGUCUCCACCGUCGUAAAACUACUAUACAACUCGACGGAAAAGUUUGCCGUCAAAUCAGGGGGACAUAACCCCAACAAUGGCUUUGCGAGUGUCGAUGGGGCUCCAUUGAUCGUCACUGAGCACCUUGAUCAAAGCGAUCUCGAUCCAGCAACCGGGAUUGUAGAUGUUGGCCCCGGAAAUAGGCUUGACGGGAUCUCGGCGAAGCUGCAAGGCACAGGAUGGACAUUUGUUGGUGGCCGCAUUGGCAACACAGGAGUUGGUGGCUUGGUUUUGGGUGGAGGACUCAGCUAUAUGUCUACGCAAUACGGAUGGGCUGCGUCCUCAGUGCUUGAGUACACAGUUGUUCUUGCCAACGGCACCAUAGCCAAGGUCUCUAAAGACUCAUAUCCCGACUUCUUUAAAGCACUCAAGGGAGGAGGCAACAAUUUCGGCAUUGUGACCAACUACCGACUUCAAGCAUACCGCCAGGCAAACAUCUGGGGCGGAAACCUUGUCUUUCUACGUACGCCAGACAAGGAUACAAAGCUCUUGAAAGCUGUCCGUGACUGGACAGAGUACAAUACGGACGACAAGGCUUCAGUCAUUGUCACUGCAGAGCGUGCCAACCUAAACGUUGUGGAUUCAUGGAUCAUCUUUCUCUUUUAUGAUGGGCCAAGUCCACCAGCUGGACUUUUCAAGAACUUUACGGACGUUGGCCCCACUUUGAAUACUUGUCGCGAGCGAACAUACGCCGAUCUCAUGGCAUUCAGCAACUGGGUGGUAGUCAAGGGUUCUGUGGUACAAAUUGCUACCGAGACCAUACCUCUUCCUUCGGCUGAGAACAAAGUCAAGGUCAUGGAUGCACUCCAUGCUCACUGGCGCAAUGUCUCCAGUACUACCUUGGCUGUACCUGGCAUUGUUGCUUCAAUCGCCUGGCAACCAUUCCCCAAGAAGAUUGCGGAGCAGGCAAAGAGACUUAGUCCUGAUCUUAUUGAUGCCGAUGACGACGUCGAUAAAAUCAUCAUAGAGAUGAACUACAGCUUUAUUCCGCAGACUGAGUAUAACCGCAUGGCUGAUACUAUGGAGACCACAUAUUCUGGUGUUCGCAACAGGGUUGUUGGGUGGCAGGCUGACGGUACUUUGCCUGAUACCUACCUCCCAGUGUUCAUGAACUACGGAUUUUACCGCCAGGACUAUUUCGGCCGUCUUAAACCCCAGAGCAGAGCACUUGCAAAGAGGGUCGCUGAAAGCGUUGAUCCAACCGGUUUCUUUAGGGAUAGGACAGGAGGAUGGAGGCCAUAAAUCCAUUUGAUGGCUCUUUUCAGUUGGUUUCACUCUCUAAUUAGUUUCAUAUAGUGUGAUUUCCAAUGAUAUGUGGCGUCUCCAUAGUGUCGACAGAGUAUACUGUAUGUAGGUAGUUAAAUUAAUGAUCAAGCUUACCAUA